AUGCCCGGAGGAACCGUGAGAGUAGAGAACUCACCGAUAGAACAAAGAUAUUCCUGUUGGGUCGAAGGGGUCACUUGGAAUAGGUCGCGAGGUUGUCGGGUGGAUGUUGGUGGUGGUGGGACCGUCUUCACGGAGCGGAUCUUGUCGUGCACGCGGUUUGCAAGAAAGAACUUACGAAUCCUCUUCGUUACGGUCGUUGAGAAGCUGCGUACAUCUAGACUCCAUAGAGCGUGGGUGGAGGGCGAAGAACUUGUACACGGAUACGCGCUCGCCUGCGACAGAAGAAUAUACGAAAUGAGGAAACGAUCAUCGUUCGAUCCGCAGGUGGCGGCGUAAAACACGUAUACGAUAUAAUUUACACGAUACGAUAAUCUCUUUACACGACAAUUUGUUUGGUUUUUUUUU